UGAUUGCAGCUCUUGGGAACAACUGAUGAAGCCGAAUAGGAUUUAGCGUGUCAGUUCAUCGUUAGAAGAGAAGUCGGAUUACACAAACUUAAAUCCAGAUUUUAGAAAGUGCCCUUUACAAACCUGACCUGUCCGCCUGGCGAUACGCACAUUUCUGUUUAGCCAUGAACGUGAUGAGGCGGGUGUCAGUGUUUGUAAUGAUACUUACAGGGACUGUAAUACCUGAUAUGGUUCUUAGUCGACCAGCCGUAGGGAAUUCUGACUCAAAAUCAGGUUAUAUUUCAUUUCAAGGAGGAGCUUCCAACACUCCAGAAGAAAAGACAAACCACCAGAUGGCAAACUAUCCAGAGUUGCCAUCAGAAAAUCACCAUCAUCAGUAUUCACACAUGAUGUUCAGUCCAUUUUUACAAGAAGAAAUGAAUGAAAAUUUGAGAAGAGCUAAAACACAACAGAAAUAUGUUGAAAUGACCAACGAAAUUUUAGAACCAUAUAAAUUGUUUCUGGAAAAUCACAAUAAUAAUGCUAGGAGGUUUGAUAACUUUGAGAAUAAUCAUGUUGUUGGACAAAUAUCUAUGAAGGUUUAUCCACCAAAAAAAGUUUUUGAAGUUGAGGCGGAAGAAUAUCUUGAUAAAACAGGUGUGUUGGAGCCAAAAAGAAAAGACAUGGACGAGAUACCUUUUAAUGGAGAAAAGUGGGCUUACCCUUCUCCACAAGUUUCUGAGCUCCAGAAAGAUGAAUUGAAUGUUCCCCAUAAGUUCAAAGAAUAUGACAAACCCCAUGAUUUAUCACAUCAUGGUCCUGGCUACAAAGAAACUAAAGCAAAAUCUCCAGUUAGUGAUAUAUACUUUGUAGCAAUUGUAGCAGGAUGUUGUUCAGUUGCUACUUUUGGAGUAAUUGCUGCUGGAAUUUGCUUUUAUAGGUUUCAGAAGAAAAGUAAGGCAGCACGCAAUGUAGAGUAUCCAGCAUAUGGAGUGACUGGCCCAGGAAAUAAAGAGAAAACGUCUCCUAAUGGUGACCGCAAGCUGGCCCAUAGUGCACAGAUGUAUCAUUACCAGCAUCAGAAACACCAGAUGAUAUCAGUAGAAAAUGUCAACUCUUGUAGACUUGCCUCAGCUUCAGAUAUGGAGUCAGAAGAAGAAAAUGAUGAGGGUGAUUAUACUGUCUAUGAAUGUCCUGGUUUGGCAGUGACUGGAGAGAUGGAGGUUCAGAACCCACUCUUUAUAGAUGAAUCUGGACAAACUGUGUCUCAGCCACCCAAGGAGAACAACAAAUGACCAUCUUAAUAAUAGAUGUGAUGGAGAAAUUUGAGGUGUAAAUACUUCUUAUUACAUAAGUGUUUGAUUUAAGCUAUCUCAUCUUAAAACCUGAUAGAUAGUAAAAUAUUAUGUACAAAAUUAUUUGCUGGUACCAAUUUUAUUAUUGAAUCUUUUGCUAUGUAUUUCUGCCAUUGUUAUUCUUAUGCAUGUAUUGGUAUAUCGUGCUGUGAGUUAUUCCUGCCAUAUAUGUAUAUAUAUCUAUUACUCUGCAUAUGUUUUCCUUUUUUUUCUUAAUUGAACUGAAAAGAGAAAUGUGUAGAGCUUAAAAUCAAUACAAGUUAUACACUUAUAUUUUAUAGUAUCAAAUAAUGUUGUUAGGUAAUUAUUAAUAUUUUGGUCAUUACAAAUGGUAAUACCACUUUUCAAAAAUAUUAUGUUCAAGCUGUUUGAAUUAGCUAUUUUCCUAAUUCACUGUCAUAAGGCUUAAAUUAACUUUUAAUCAGUCACAUAAUCUUUAAACAUGGAAAUAUAUACUCUUAAAAGAAAUAUAUUCUAUCUAAUGAAAACAGGUAUUUUAAUGUGUGUGUAUCUACGUUUUGUGAUUAUAGAAGUAAUUGUUUCUAGCAGUUAACGUGAUAAUUACUCAUAAAAACUAUUGCUUGCUUUGUAUAAAAGUAAUAAGAAUAAUAUAGCACAAAGAACCUUGAAGCAGUAAUUUUUUUUAAAUAGGCCUAGCAUAUUAAUAUCCAUAAAAUGAAAUAAUGUGUAUUAUUGCUAAAAAUUUGAGUACACACCAAAAGUUAGAUUGCUUAUUUCAUGUUUUAAUCAUAGUACUAUUUUAUAUUUGUAUUUUUUUGUAUGCCUUCUUAUUGUUAUAUUGAUACAUUUGUAUAUUUAAUUAGCAAUUUAUUUUGGGGUAUUUUACAAGUAUACUGGCUCCACCUACAUAACUAAAAUUACUGUUUUUAUUCUUUUAAUAGUGUAUGUAGUCUUCUUUGUUUUUAUACACUGUUCAUAAAAUAUUUCUCAAAUAUCUUCAAAAUCUGAAUGCUGCUUAUAAAAAAUGACAUGUAAAUAUUGCUUCUUUUUUUGUAAGUUAUGAAGUUUUCUGUACAUAAAAGACUGCCAGUUCAUAACCAUGUGAGUUUCUAAAAUAUUUUUUGCUAUGUCAAAAAUUAAAAUACAAUUCUAAGAUGAUUGAAAGUAAAGAAGAAUGUAUAACAAUAUAUCAAGGUAAGCGAAUUGAUGAGAAGUAUAUUUUCUUAUAUAUUUCUAAGUUUGAUUGGCAUAUUUAUUAACCAGAGGCUAAUGAUUGAUAGCUAUUAUGAGCAUAAAACAUUUUAACUAAAGCAUGCUAUUUUACCAAACCUAUAAAGUUUUCUUAACCUAAAGUGAAAAUGUUAAAGUACCUCUACAAUUAUAUGUUCAUCAUCUUUGAAAUUAGAAAUCAUUCAUCGUUUCUGUGAUUUAUAAACUGAAUAUAAAUGAAUAUUGAAACAUACUGAAGCAUAGAGUGGAUACAUAAUUUUUUGAUAUUAGGAUAUCACAACUAAAUAUAAAAUUAUUCAGUGUGUAUUUUAACUGUUAUAGUUAGAAGUAACUAUAAGUUCAAGGCGUUUUUUCAGUUAUAUAAUUUUUGAUAUUGCUUACAACUAUCUGUCUAUUAAUAUGUGAUAUUGGAAUAAUGAGGUAAGUCUAUAACUGUGACUAAAUCUUGCAAAUACGUGCACUAAUUUUUUGUUUAAUGUAAAAAUAGAAACAAAAAUGUCUAGUUAUUUAGGCCUAUUCCUAAAAUUAGAAGUUUUGCUGUACACAGUAUUUACAUAAUACAUGAAACUGCUGCAGUAUUGUUGAAAACAUGAAAUCUUACAUCUUGUGCAAUAUAAUUACUGUACAGUUUGUUUGUUUGAAGUUAAGCACAAUGGGCUAUCUGUGCUCUGCCCACCACGGGUAUUGAAAAUACGGUUUCUAGUGUUUUAAGUCUGCAGACAUACCGCUGUGCCACUGGGGGGGCUACUGUACAGGACACCAUAGCUUCCAUACUUUUUAAGUUAUUUUAUACUACAGGGUAUAAGGAGGUAUCAUAACAAACUACUGAUGUUUUUAACUGAAUGUUCAAGGGUUUGUUCCAUUGGAGUGACUCCAUAUUAGAGAAGUAAUGUUGUCUGUAAUUCUGAAUUUAUGAAGUGUUUGCUCAUGAAAUGUGGCAAACUUUUAUUCAACAGUAUAAGUCUGUUUUACAGAAAAAAAAGUUGGAUAUGUUACUAAAGUUUUUGUAUGAAAGAUAUGUGCAUAUGGGAUGUCAAUCAGGUUGACUCAGACUAUGACAAGUCUGAGCCCAAGGUGAUGUUUAUAUGAAGGAAAAUAAUUUCGUCUAUUAUGUAGUUUGCAUAGUUAGGCCUUGUGUAUCUAUGUGCAAAUAUAUAUUUAAAAAAAUAUUGCAUGCUCUGUUAUACAGUACUGAGAUUUCAUGUUCUACAUAUAUAUAUAUAUAUAUAUAAAAAUUUAUAUUGUAUUUACUAUUUAUUUGAACUAUUUGGUUUACACAUAGAAUGGGAAGAGAGAACUGCAAAUAUCUGAAUGAUGUGUAUCUACAUAUUGAACCUCGUACUAUUCAGUUACCUAAAAGAUACAAUGUAGAUCCUACUGAUACACAUACAUGAUGAGACAAAUAUCAAAGAUAAUAAAUACUCCAUAGUGGAUUUGGAACUGUACUAUAUUCAUCCACAUUAUAUUUAGCUUUCAAGUUUAUUUAUGUGCUUGGGUUAUCAUAUUCACAUUUUCUUUUUAACAAAUGUAUAUAUAUCAUCAAUGUCUACUUUCUUACAGAGAUUAUAAGUACAAUUAUAAGUCAUUUCUUUAAAAGUCUAUCCACUUGCAGACAUCUUUUUGAUAAGCUAUUGUUCCUACAGUCUUAAUCAGGAAGGAGAAUGUCAAAUAUUUGUUAUUGUAGUUACAGAACAGUAUCUGUAGUUGCCAUCAAAAUAUUGUGGUUUCUAUAAGAUAAGAAAAAUGCUACAGAAUAGAAUAAAAAAAUACUACCCAGUAAUAAUAAUUUAUGACUGUAAUAUGACAGUGAAGGCCACAUUUGAAUAAUUGUGUUUACUCAUUGUAUAUUACUUUCUUUUUUGAACAUUAAAAUUGUUACAUCCAACCACUUUAUGGUUACUGAAAUAACUUACAUUUAAUCAGUGGUAAGUGCUACAUUAUUGGAAUAGUUAUAUCCAAGCAUUGUAGGUCUCUGCAAGUAUCUUUACUAUUCUGUAAGAUGUAUAAAGGGAAGCUAACCAGGAUAAGUUAUCUUAUAACACAUAUCUACACCAAAACUACUUUAUUAGCAACAUUCAAAGUGGUUGCCAUGGCUUGAAUACUGUGAUGCUAAGUUAAGGAACGUGCAGUUGUUUUUCUAGUGUCAUUGUUUGAGUUGUUACAUCUGUAAGUCAGUGUUGUAAGUUGAAUUAAUAAGGGUACUGGUAAGUGGUUUGCACUGACUAAGCCAUAGGAACAGUGAACAUCAUAAGAACACAUUGCUAAGUUCUUGAUGCAGUUACAAGCAUAUUCAUUCCAUAUAGUUCAAGUUUUUUCAUGUCACAAUUAAAAUAAAUGUAUUUUUCUGUUUAGUGGUAUGAAAGUGAUAAUUGCAUUGAAAAUAGCACUAUCUCUGAAAAUUUUGCAAGCACUAAUAAAAGAUUAAAAAAAUAUUAAUUCAUGAUGUUUUUAUAAUGUUACACUCUGUUGAAAAGAAUCAAUCAUUAGGGAUAAUUAAGAGAAUGAAGAAAAUUUUGAUAAGACCUUCAAUGUUUUCUUAGAUCUACUCAAUAUAACAGUAUUGUGUAUAUCAUUAUAUUGUCAAGAGUGUGCAAAAAGUAAAAGUAUCAUGAAAUUAAAAUGUAUUAAUGACUAUAUGUAAAUGCUAAGUGAAUAAAUACAUGGUUAUAAACCUCUUGUGAAGAAAUGUGAAAGUAAGUUUUACCUCAGUAGAGAAAUGGUUAUGAACUUUGUGGCAACUCAGGGGAAAAAAAAAAAAGGUUUAUGUAAAAACUGUUGAAUGGUAUUCGUUGUUGUUUAAAUAGAGAUUUUUUUAUUGAAUUUGAAUUAUCAUCUUUCAUUCUAGUAGUUUAUAUAUACAUAUAUAAAUGGUGGUAGAAUUAUUAUGCACAUCUGCGUGUUAUUGUGUGCUGUGUUGUUUUCAACUUGCUCAUAUUUGUUGUGUUUAUUAGAAAUUUUUGAAGCUAUGAUUAUCUUACAAGUUCACAUAAAUAUAUAAAUUAUUAACUUCACUACAUGUAAAAUAUGCUGGGUUCAUUACUUAUAAUAGUUUUAGAAGUACAUACUCUUCAUGUAUUAAGGAAUUUAAGUAGCAAUUUUACCAUAUUGUUUUUUUUAAAUUUGCUGGGAUGAUCUGUUUUCUAAAAGUCUGUCAUGAAAAUACCUGGUACACAUUUUUCUGAGGAUAGGUAUGAAAUGCAAAUCUGUAAAAUAUUUUUUUUGAGACUUAAUAAAGAUUAGCUGUUUAUA